AUGACAGAUCCGGAUGUCCUCACAGAAGUCCCUGCCGCCCUGAAGCGCCUGGCCAAGUAUGUCGUGCGCGGCUUCUAUGGGACGGAACACGCCCUGGCCCUGGACAUCCUGAUCCGCAAUCCCUGCGUCAAGGAGGAGGAUAUGCUGGAGCUGCUCAAGUUUGACCGGAAGCAGCUGCGGGCUGUCCUGAACACCCUCAAGGGGGACAAGUUCAUCAAAUGCCGGAUGAGGGUGGAGACCGCCCCGGACGGCAAGACCACCCGGCACAACUACUACUUCAUCAACUACCGCCUGCUGGUCAACGUGGUGAAGUACAAACUCGACCACAUGAGGAGGAGGAUCGAGACCGACGAGAGGGACUCCACCAACCGGGCCUCCUUCCGGUGCCCCAUUUGCUUCAGCACCUUCACCGACCUGGAGGCCAACCAGCUGUUUGACCCCAUGACAGGCAUUUUCCGCUGUACCUUCUGUGAGACCGAAGUGGAGGAAGAUGAGUCGGCCAUGCCCAAAAAGGACGCCAGGACUCUGGUGGCCCGCUUUAACGAACAGAUCGAGCCGAUCUACGCCCUACUGCGGGAGACGGAGGACGUCAACCUGGCCUAUGAGAUCCUGGAGCCGGAGCCGAUGGAGAUCCUCGCGCUGAAGCAGAGCAAGGAACGGGCUGCCGCCGCCGCUGGGAUGGGCCUGCCAAGUGGGCCGCACCGGGAAGCCUGGACCACCAAGGGGCCCUCCUACGAGGACUUGUACACCCAGAACGUCGUCAUCAGCAUGGAGGACCAGGAUGACGCGCACCAGCCAGCCAGUGAAGGGAAGCCGCCCCGAGAGAGGCCAGUCUGGCUGCGGGAGAGCACUGUUCAAGGAGCUUAUGAUCCUGACGAGGUCAAAGGAGGUGGUCGAGACAUGGAUAUGUUCCGGGAAGGGGAAGAGGGUCAAGGCUCCCUGGACAACAACGAGGAAGUGAUGCGCGCUCUGCUCAUCCACGAGAAGAAAACCCCCUCCGCCUCUGUUGGUGCCCUGGGUGGGGCGGCACCCCUAUCCAGCGCCAAUGCCAGCGAUUCUGAGAGCGAGACGAGCGAAUCAGACGAGGACUCCCCUCCCCGAGUGGCCGCUGCUGCAGCGCCGCUCUACGGCCUGUUGGAGGAAGACGACGAUGACGAGUUUGAGGUGGUGACGGAGGACCCCACUGUCAUGGUGGCCGGGCGCCCGUUCUCUUACAGCCAGGUGAACCAGAGGCCGGAACUUGUGGCCCAGAUGACCCCUCAGGAGAAGGAACUCUACAUCGCUAUGGGUCAGCGCAUGUUUGAGGACAUGUUUGAAUAGCUUCCUUCC